CCCGUGUGUCGCCAAGAGGCCCCCGUACCACCAGGUGGGUUAGAAACUCUAGUGAAAAACUUCUUCUUAAGAAAAGUAACAGACUUCAUGAAAGACCAGAAAGCGCCCGAGGGAAGACUUUGUGAAUAUUGUAACCAUAAAGAUGCCACUCUCAUGUGCCAAGGAUGUCCAAAAACCAACCAACUGUGCGCUACAUGUCGUGAUAUUCACGACAAAAUACCGUCUUGUGAGGGACAUUCGUUUGUACCUCUGUCACAAGUAGACCCGUCACCUAACCCAGUAAAUAUACGAGAACAAUUACGCCACAUAUUAGAUAAAGCUCAAUGCUGCGACAAACACGACAGCGAGUUGCUGACAUUCUAUUGUGAAGAGGAUGACACCGUGGCAUGUAGAGAUUGUAUUUUGGAAACUCACAGUAAACAUGACUUUAAGAAAAUAGGGGAUGUGGUGAAAGUUCAACGGGAGUUAAUACAAGCCAAGUUUAAAUGUCUAACAACCGAAAAACUGACUCGUUUUGAAAAGGCAGAAAAAGUCAUUAUGGAAACCGAAGACGAAGUGACUGAAAAUCAGACAAAGGUUCUUCGUUUGGUAGAUUCUCAAAAAUUAGCUAUGACUAAGGAGAUAAAUAAAAACAGUAAAACAUUUAAAAGAGAAAUCAAAGAUUAUUAUCAACAAGUAGAGAAGGACGUACGUCAACAGACCGACGCAUAUUUGACCUCUGUCAAACAACAUUUGGAAACAUAUGAAACAAAAAUUCAGUCCGAUUACACCGAAAUGAAAAGAUUUAUAAAUGACAAAAGCAGGGAAAUAACGACAGAAGUUAAGGCACUCACCUCCACGCAGAUGAAGACUUUAGAAGCUAAAAAGGACAAGCAAGAAAUGAACAAGAUUUCCAUUCAGAGCAUUCGUGAUUUCGCUCAGCAACUCACAGACACCGGUUCUGACAUCGAGGUCAUGGCCCACUCUAAAAAACUCCAAACUAGAAUCCAGGAGUUAGAGACAGUAGAACCAGUCUUUGAUACCAUGAUCACCGAUAUAACAUUUACACCAGGGAAAACAGAAAUGGACCUUGUGCUACAGUUGCCCAAAAGCCCUGAACCACAGCUGUCCAUAGAAACGGGGUCCAUUACGGCCAAAACAUACCGGGGUCCCUUGGAUUCAUAUUUUGGAAGUUUAAAACAAAAGAGAGCGAACUAUCCUGCGGUGAAGGAAUUUAUGAAGGUUACCUGGCUUGAUAAGCCUGAGCGGAAUGUUUGUUUUAACGUGAGGGGUUGGCUGCGGGAUAUCCAGUGCACAGAUGACGGUUGCAUUUUAGCUGUACAUGAUGACUUUUCCUGUGGUAAAACAGGGUCUGUAUUCUCCAGCACAGGUCAAUGUAAUCGUGAGAUCAGUAGAGUGGUAAAGGCGAGAAUCCCUAUCCCAAUGUGUAGUGGUGUCUUACUGCGCUGUGCAUACCACCACGGCAUCAAUGCAAUCAUAGUCAGCGACUACUGGGCCCACUGUGUGUAUGCAGUGACACCCCAGGGUGUCGUCAUUUUCCAAUACGGAACACGAGGUCAGAGUGGAGGUGGAGACGGACAACUGUGGAAUCCAGGUGCAGUGUGCGUAGAUACGUUUGGACACAUAUUCAUAGCUGACCGUGAUAAUGACAGGGUGGUUGUCCUUGGUUUAGAAGGAAGAUUUCUAGGAAACAUUUUGACAAAGAGUGACAACAUUGAACUUCCUAUAUCAGUCGCUGUCAACAGUAACUGGGAGCUUGUUGUUGGAACCGCCGGUGGAGAAAUAUCCGCGUAUAAGUAUAUUGCUCAGAAAUGA